AUGGCACGCACACCAUAUUCCAGACCACCUUCAACUUUUGGCCAAAAGGGUAUGAAUUCACCAUCAUUGCCAUUGUCUCAGCCUGCUUGGGAACAAGAAGGGUCAAUUGAAUCAAGCAAAAUGGCUUCUAAGCGUAGGAGCUCUGUGCUAGAUGAUAUCGGGUCUGGAGGCCCGGUGCGUAGGAUUCGACAGAAAGCUAAUCUUCUUUCUCAAGGAAGUCCUCUUUCAAAAAACACAAGUGAAUUCAGGCAGAAACUGCUUUUAAGAAAUGAAGCUGAUUCUAAAAGCUUCAAGGCAAUUGAGGAAAACGGGGAGACUAGCAGGUCUAGUUUAGGUUAUGCAUCUGUCCCUACAAAGUCGACUCAAAUGGCUACAAAAAUAUUGGAACAACUUGAAAGAUUGAGCCCAAAGGAGAAGUCUCCAGGAUCCAGGCUUACUCGAAUGAGUGAGAAAUCGCCCUUGUCACCACAAGAGAAACUAGAUUCUUCACCCAAACUUAUGUCAAGUUCUGAAGAUAAUAAAAAACCAGAAAGUUUGUUUCCUGAUGCUCGUGAGUCAACCACCUCCCAGACCCAGAGUAAAGGUAAAGAAAAAGUUGAAGAAAAUGGGCCUAAGAAGUUUGCUGUCCCUCGAAAUGUUCUGAGCACUAUGAAUGGGAAUUCUGGUGUAUCUAUAAGAGAUAACGGACCAGCAGAGUCUACAUUCAAGCUGCCAGCAGAGCCUCCCCAGAAGAAGCGAUUCCAGAUAAGUGCACAUGAGGAUUAUCAGGAGGUAGUGGAUGAUGAUACCCAUUCUAAUGGACAUGUGUCUACUAUCCCAUUUGGUCAAAACAAGAAACCGGAAACAUCUGCUGAAGUCAUUCAAACUCCUCCAGUUGAGAAAAUCCCAGGAACGCAAAAGACUGAUGAUGCUAAAUCUCUUCCAAAAACCAGUUUUAAAUCUGUCGAUGGUUCUGUUGUUAAUAAGAAGGUGGCAUUUAACUUGCCUGCAAGCAACAACAAUGCUCAGCCUCAGCCAGCCGCAAUAACAGAUACUGUUUCUCCACAGAAGAAAGCAACAGUUUUUCCAACAUUUGGUGGUACCACAAAAGUUACUGAGAACGUGUCACCAUUCUUGUUUUCUGCUAAUGAGCCUUCAGUAUUCAAACCAAAUGCUACCUCAGAUGCAAAACCGCUUGGCUCAACCAGCAUGUUUAAUUCUGUUAAUAAGGAAAGCAAUCAAGUCCAAUUCCCAGCAUCCAAAAAAGAUGACAAUGGCAAUGCUCUGAUCAAUAAUAAAUCAGAAUCUUCACCUCCAUUGGCACCAUCAUCGUCAUCAACAAGUGGUGUAUUUUCAUUUGGUGCCAAGAAUACAAAUAUUACCAAUGGUUCAAUUUCAACCCCAUCUACAUUUGCUCCCUCCUCUCCUUUUUCAGCUUCUUCUACAAACAACCUUUUCAGUGUUAGCACUACUGCUUCCUUGCCAUCCACCACCAUGUCAGCCGCCAGUGGUGUUGCCCCUGCCCCUGCCUCACCCAUCUUUAGUUUUGGGUCUGUAAUCACUUCAACUAAAUCUGCAGAACCUCCAAAAGAGACCACCGCAGAACCAAAAUCUGACACCACCACCUCGCCUUUUGGUACUCCGACCACCACCACCGGAGGAGGUAACAUGUUUGGUUUCAGUUCUCCAGCAGCCACCAACAAUCAGGGAUUCCUUUUCAAUGGCGGCACCAGUGGAUUUCAGACAUCUUUUGGUGGGACUACCGCAGUCCAGUCGUCUACUUCAGGGGGAUCCCUAUUUGGUUCCUCUGUUCCUAGUUUUGGUCUGAGUUCCACUGUUGCCACAUCAGAAAUAAAAUCUGGUAGCUCCACCACUACCACCACCAACGUAACACCUAGUUUUGGUCUUAAUUCAGCAUGGCAGCCUCCCAAGUCUUCACCUCCUACAACAUUUUCCUUCGGGGCAUCUUCAUCUUCAACAUCCACUUCUCCUAGUCCCUUUAAUAAUGCUUCUACAGGAUCUUCCCUGUUUUCAUUCUCUGCUACAAAUUCAGCUUUCCCAGCUCAAUCUACAUCUGUUUUUGGAAACUCGACCCCUGUUUUUGGAUCUUCACCCAACAACAAUGAUCAGAUGAGUAUGGAAGACAGCACCCCGACAUCAUCAACGGUUCCCUUCCAGUUUGCUGGCCAGACGAGCCAACAACCACAGAAUCCUUUCCAGACAAACCAGACACCAUCUCAGAAUAAUCCUUUUCAGUUGUCUGGUAGUGCAGAGUUUAGUGGUGGAGGAAGUUUUUCAUUGGGCUCAGGUGGAGGUGACAAGUCUGGUAGAAGGAUUUUGAAAGUUAGAAACAGCAAGAACAGGAAGAAGUGACAAACUUAAUAAAAAAAAAUAUUACUUGGUGAGAUGUCUGAAUGCCAGAAUUUGUUGCGUUUUUAUGUACCAUUGUGGUAUUAUAGAAUAUAAUAGAUGUUAGGGAAGGAUAUGAUGUUAUAUCUCAUUUUUGGAGCAAGUUUUUUUUACAAGGGCUGCUUUUCCAGAUUUCAUAUCAACGUGCCAAGUCAUAUCUUUCUUGCUUUGUACUGUAAAAACGUACAAACCUAAAACCUAUCAAUCAAAGUUAGAGCCGUAAUGCUUCUACGGCUUGUAUCUUUUUCAUUCAAACUUUUUUACUUUAGAUUUACAAGGUUUCUCUGUAUCCACCUAUAAACAAACAUAUUUAGUAAACUUUUGCGUUGUCAUCGUUCUAG